UCCAAUAAGAGAAGAGCCCUUCUGAGUGAAGAUACUAGUACAGUUCUUGAUAGAUUUACCAAAAUUAAAAAAAAGGGGGUGCUAGAAAAAAUAGUCAAAAACAAAGAAAUCCCUUUAUUUAUACCAUAAUCCCCAAUUGCAAGGAUUGUGCAAAAUGGCAAAUGAAUCAAAUGAACCAUUGUUUGAUGAUUUUUGCUUAUCUUUCCUAUUCAGUGAAGCUGGAGAUAGUAAUCGGAUUGAGUCAUUUGAUCUUUCUUGUGAGGCCUCGCUAAUCUGUUCUCAAAAUCCCGGGAAUGAUCCGAUCUCAGAACAAGUUUCCAAGGAAGUCGCUGGAGAAUCAUCGAGACAAUUAUGUGAUAUAUGUAUCGGAAGUAAAGAUUGCCACGAGAUGUUCACAAUUCCGAGCUGCAAUCACCAGUUUUGUGCAGACUGCAUUUGCAAACAUGUAUCGAUAACAGUCCAAGAAAGUGCCGGGGUUGUAAAUUGCCCGGGAUUGGACUGUAAAGCUACUCUUAACAUUGAUGAUUGCAGGGAAAUCGUGCCUAAGGAUGUUGUUACAAUGUGGGCUGAUGUCCUAUGUGAGUCACUGAUUCCUCCUUUGCAGAAAUUUUAUUGUCCGUAUAAAGAUUGCUCUGCUAUGUUGGUUAACGAUAGCGAUAAGAUUAUAAAGGAGUCGGAAUGUCCUUAUUGCUGGAGAUUGUUCUGUGCACAGUGCAAUGUGUCAUGGCAUUCUGGAGUUGAUUGUGAAGAGUUUCAGAAGUUGAAUGACAAUGAAAGACAGAGGGAAGAUUUGAUGGUGUAUGAACUUGCAAAGCAGAAAGAAUGGCAGAGAUGUCCCAACUGUAAAUUCUACGUUGAGAAAACCGAGGGCUGCUUGCAUAUCAGUUGCAGAUGUAGCUUUGAAUUCUGCUAUGCGUGUGGAGAAAAAUGGAGUUCAACUCAUGGUGGUUGCAGACCAUAAUGACAAUCAAGAAUCAAAGCACUUGUAGCACUCAGAGAUCAACAUAAUCUUUUGUUUUAUCAGUUCAGAUUCAAACAACAACAAUAUUGGGGUGUAUAAUUGAAUCUUGUUUCAUUU